CAGAGACGCAGGAGCUGCUGCUGCAGGUGUAAAGCUGGGCUCGGAGCUAGCCGAGGAAAAAACACACAUUUCAGGAUGGCGUCUGCAAAUGCCACGUACGGACAGAAGGAGUCCUCGGACCAGAACUUCGACUACAUGUUUAAAAUCCUCAUCAUCGGCAACAGCAGCGUAGGAAAGACCUCCUUCCUCUUCCGCUACGCAGACGACUCCUUCACGCCGGCCUUCGUCAGCACGGUGGGCAUCGACUUCAAGGUCAAGACCAUCUACAGGAACGACAAGAGGAUAAAGCUGCAGAUCUGGGACACUGCAGGGCAGGAGCGCUACAGGACAAUCACCACAGCCUACUACAGGGGGGCCAUGGGCUUCAUCCUCAUGUACGACAUUACCAACGAGGAGUCCUUCAACGCCGUGCAGGACUGGUCGACCCAGAUCAAGACCUACUCCUGGGACAACGCUCAGGUCCUGCUGGUGGGGAACAAGUGCGACAUGGAGGAUGAGCGCGUGGUGGCUGCGGAGAGGGGCCGGCAGCUGUCAGAGCAGCUGGGCUUCGAGUACUUCGAGGCGAGCGCCAAAGACAACAUCAACGUGAAGCAGACCUUCGAGCGGCUGGUGGACAUCAUCUGCGAGCGGAUGGCCGAGAGUCUGGACAACAACGACCCCACCAUCACCGGAGCCAAGCAGGGGCCGCAGCUCAACGAGCAGCCGCAGAGGUCCCAUCAGGAUUGUGCUUGCUGAACACACACGCACGCACACACACAUACAGAUACACACACACACACACACUAACACUUACAUUGCUGCCCUGAACGCCUCACACCUUAUUUGAUUUUUCUGUUUAUAUUUCACAUUUUCUUUUGUUUUUUUUUUUCCUUAAACACACACAGUGAUAAACAGGCUGCUUGAAUCCACCGUCCACAUGAGCUGCCUCUCCAAAGUCUUUUCAGAUUUACCAGCGUCAGACUUAUGGUUCAGUUUUGUUUUUGUUUUCAGGAACACAGAUUAUGCGAUGGUGCUGAUUGAGUCGGAGGAGUGCAGAGCGUUUACCUGCUCUUUAUCGACACGUACACACACACGUACACACACUCUACUGCAUCCUGUAUUAGCAAAAGAAUAUAACAAAGGCCAGUCCAGGCUGAGAUCAGACGUCCCUUAUCGGUGUGCGUGUGUGUGUUUGAGUGUGUGUGUGUGUGUGUGUGUGUUUGUAAUGGAGUUGAACUCAUCAGGGUGUGAGAGAGCGCCCCCCUCCUCCUCCAGCCUGCUGUCCCACUCAGCACUAGCGCCUCAAACCUGAAUGGAGACCGAUUAUUUUGCAAUCAUUCUGCUUUGAAUCCUGCUGGAAAUCUGUUUGUUGCUGUGGAUAGUUGAUGUCUUGAUUGUUUUAUUUUUUAUUUCCAUGAGUCGGUCAGACGUGGGGUUGUAUUUUUGUUUCUCGGCCUGUGAACUCAUCUUUCCGGAGUGUUUCUCUUCUUAAGCGCAGGCAGUCGUGCAUAUCGGUUUACUAGAAGAAGUGACGUCGUCGUAUAUUGGAUUUUAGGCCCUUGCUUUAGAUAUUAAAAAAAAAAAAAGAUGAUCCUGCCUCCAGGCCACCACAUUUUACAUAUCCAUUCUCAUUUCUUUUCUUUUUUUUUUUUUUUUUAUACCUUUUGUUUGUUUUUAACGUCAUACCAGAAAAUCUGAAAUGAUGGGAUCUCUUUCACUACAUGAAAGUUUAUUUUAAAAAAAAAAAUUAAAAAUCAAUAUAUAUGUGCAUUUUGAGAUGUCUUUAUAGAGUUAAAGUAUGAACUGAAAGUAGGGACAGACAGCCUCAUGUCUUCUGAAAGGUUUUCAUCUGGUUUGAGGAUUUUUUUUUUUUUUAGCUGGUUUUAAGCUUGUGGAGCUGUGAGUCUCGUUACGGUAAGGCGCAUGUCAGCCGCUCACAGCAAACGUUUCGCCGCCUCACUUAUUUAUUUUGUAUUAUUUAUAAUAUAAAUUAAUUUAUAUUUAAGGCACGGUUCUUCCUAGAUUUGUGCGUUCGCAUUUUCUGCACUUGACUUUUUAAAGAGAUGUUCAGUAGUAUUUAUUUGCUUCAGCUGUCCAGGUUUUAAAAUGAAAUCGCGUGUGUUUACAUUUUGAGACGCCUCGUCGGGAGGCAAACCAAACAUUCCAGAGUAUGAAACUCUUUAUCGAGUAUCUUUAGUGGGGGAAAAAAAAAAAAUCUCUUGUAUUUUGACGUCAGCCGUUUAGUGUAAAAGCAAAGCAGACUCGGCCCUCUGCUGAAAGUUUCCAACGCAGGUGAAUGUACAGUUUGUAUUUAGAGUCUUUAUAGAAGUUUUUUUUUCUUUUUUUUUCUAAAGUUAAAGCCAAAAAUCUCGCAUGUUAGAUUAGUGCUCUCCAACUUAGUUCUUCAUUUUAUUUUUAUUUUUUUUAACUUUUCGAAUAGGGAUAGAUUUUUGUAAAGUAAACUGAAUACACUGAACACUUCAUUAAAAAGUGAUUCUUACUACAUUGGUUCACGUUUUGCUUGUUUGGAUUUUUGGUUGUUUUUUUUUUUUUCUCUCUUUUGUUACUGUAUUUAUUGUUUUGCUACAGCUGUAAACUCGCCGAUGACUUAGGAACACACACACAGAGCGUCUCCUCCUCCUCCUCCUCCUGUCAGUCAUAAUAACCCCUGUAAAAGGAUCUUUCUGCCCGCCGGGCCUUCGUCGUGUGAAUCGUGCUGUAAUUCUGUAAAACCAGGUUUACU